GUUUGUGUUUGUGUUUUUUUGGUUUUUAAGGAUGCUGUAAAGAACAAGACCUGCGUACCUUCAGGAAUUUCUAAAUGGACAAUCCAUGGCUUGUGGCCAACUAUUGGUACAGAACAUGCACCUGUGUAUUGUAACAAGUCCUGGCCCUUUGAUGAGGAAAGCAUUGAGGAUUUGAAACAAAAAUUAUUGCUUCAGUGGCCAUCUUAUGAAACUCCUGGUGAUGAUGCGGGAUUCUGGAAACACGAAUGGGAGAAGCAUGGCACGUGUGCAACCAAUCUUCCAUUCUUGAACUCUGAGCACAAAUACUUCCAAGUCUGCCUGUCGUUGAACAUCAUGUACGACAUUUUCGGUGCUCUAAAAAAGGGAGGAAUUGAACCAACAGGUGACAAAACUUACCAGGUGGGAGAUAUUGACGCUGUCCUGUUCGAGUUUUUUCAAGUUCAUCCUACAGUCUACUGCCUGCCUGUCAAGAAUUCUGUGCAGAUGUUAAGCUAUGUGGAGUUGUGUUUGAACAAAUCUCUGACGCCAAUUAAUUGUUUGAACACCACCGCGAACUGUGAUCACGAAAAACCCGUGCAGUACCCACCAAUCAUUCACGCUGGACUGGAAAGCGUGGUUUAGCGUCCAUCGUUAUGAUAAGAUCAGAUUUAGAUGUAGAAGUUAGGAAUUUUUCUCAUUUUUUUUACAGGUAGAGAAAAAUGACUCUUAAAAAAAGUUCACAAAAGAUCAAGUUAGCGAAACGAUUAAAAAAACUAAUGAAAACAGCUUUUAAAAAUUCUAAAUAAUUAGGAGCAGUUUUUUGUCUAGGAGACAUUUGCAAACGUUAGAUAGACAGGUUUGAGGACGAGUUAUUUUUGUAAUAGUCUGGAAAACCUUUCACAAGCCUUACAAACAACGUGACCGUAUCAAAUUAAAAGAUUUCUGCGUCCUUCUUA